GCCAGAACCAAGAUUUGAAAAAUGAAAACCUUAACGGCUACUUUCUAAAAUUGAUAAACCCUUUCCGCCCAAACGAGAGCGUAACCGGCUUUACCUCCUCCACGCACUCUAUUGAGUUUUCUUCUUACAUUAUCCUUUCUGCUCUCUUUCUGAAUUUCAUCAUCUCUUUCCUCUCCGUUCCUCAAAUUCUCACUCGUUUCCUGCGUUUAUUUAUUCACUGAUCUGAUCACCCAUGGCCUCAUCGACAGAAGAUUCAGUUCAAGUUAGGGCAAAUUUGGGCUCUGAUUCACGUCGAAAAGUCCGAAUUGUGGCAAAAAUCAGGGAUUCCACUGAUUUAGAGGUCCAAUCCUCUAAUGGGUCUCCAGCAUGCCGGAUUUUUGUGCAGAAACCCGAGCCACAGUCAUCAGAAGGAGUGACGAUCUCGUUCACAGACCAGCCAACGACCAGUCGUAAAGAGUCGUACAAAUUAGACUACUGUUACGAUCAAAAUGAGGAUAUUGGAAAGAUGUUCUCAAGAGAGGUAAAGCCUCUUGUUUCCGGGAUUUUCCGUGGUUUAAACGCCUCUGUUCUUGCCUAUGGAGCUAAGGGUAGUGGGAAGACAUACACAAUUCAGGGUUCAAACGAAAAACCUGGAUUGGGGCCAUUAGCGAUGGAGGAAAUUCUUUCCAUUGCUGAAGAAACCGGAAGCUCAAUCACGAUGUCUUGGUACGAGGUUUAUCAGGACCAUGUCUACGACCUCUUGGAACCUAAACGACAAGAAGUCUUGGUUUUGGAAGGUGCUGGAGGGAGAAUCCAGCUCAAAGGGCUUUCUCAGAUUCCAGUGAAGUCAAUUUCAGAUUUUAAUAAAAUCUAUUUUCCUGCAUGCACUUCUCGCAAACCAGCACAGAAGCACACAAAUGACGUCCCACAUAAGAGCCAUAAGGGGCUAAUCAUUUAUGUUUCUGCUAAUGACAAAGAUUCCAAUACUAAUCUGGUAGGGAAGAUGAAUUUUGUGGAUUUGGCAGGUUUUGAGAGCACAAGGAUGAACAAGUCACUAUAUGCUUUACAGAAUGUUGUUCAUGCUUUAAAUGCCAAUGAACGUGUUCCAUACCGAGAAAGCAAACUCACCCGCAUGUUGCAAGAUACACUAGGUGGCACAAGCCAAAUUCUAAUGGUCACUUGUUUGAACCCAUACCCUUGCCAAGACACCAUUUACACAGUUAGUUUUGCUUCUCGAUCAUGCCAAGUUGGGAAGAUCUGCCUUGACACAAAACGGACCAUGACUGUGACAAGGUCAGCACUCUACUCUCCAAAAUCUGGGAGACCCUUAAGUCUUUCUUCCACUUCUGCAAAAAAGCACAACAUCUUGCAAUCGAAGUUUAUGGAAAAGAAGGCCAAUUUCGUGUCAUCAGAAAUGAAAGCAAGGAAACUUUUUGAUGGAGCAAAUCCUGCCAACAGUUCAGUGCAGGAAAGUUCUUCAUCAGACAUUGCUUCAUCUGUAAAGCAUUCCAUACAAGAGGAAAGCUGCUUAUCAGAAAUUUCUUCAGCAAUAGUGCCUCUUCCACUGCAAGAAGAGGAAGUUUCACUAACAAUUGCUUCCAAGGAAAUAGAACCUUUUCCAGAAAAUGAGGCUAUAUCCUUACAGAAUGAGUACAAGCAUCCUGAUAUUACCAGUGUGUCUGCAUGUGAUACAACAAUGCUGAUUGCUCCGGAAGAAGAAAAGGAGAACAACAGUGAUUCACCACCUUUAAGUGAAAGACUACGAGAAUUGUCAAACUCAUUGAAGUCUCUUUGCUCCUCAACACCACUUAGCAUAAAGAUGCCACAGGAAAGUAACAAUCCUUGCAACAGCCAGGUUUUUGUGGAUGUUAUGGAACCCAAAACCCCACGAACUGAACAGUGUCUUAGAUUUAACGAUAACCUGGAGCUAGCAAAUAUUGGGACACCACGGGGAAAAUUCAAUUUGUGCAGCUCUGGACUGAAGAAUUCCUUAGUUAGAGAAUACCUCAGGUUUCUAAAUACUGCUGACAAGGAAGAAUUGAAAGGGAUGAAGGGAAUUGGAGAGAAAAGGGCCAAUUACAUACUAGAACUUCGUGAUGAAUUACCAGAGCCCUUCAAAGAUUUAGAUGAUUUGAAAGACAUAGGCCUCUCCAAGAAGCAGAUAAAUCAAAUGAUGAAGAAAGUUGCUGGAGAUCUUUUCAGUUGACUUUGUAUAUAGAUAUUCUGUGUUGCUGUCAGGGAUCUUGAAUUCUAAUCGCUGGCAACUCAAUGUUGCCCUCACUAAAACAUAGAAUUUCUAGAACAUGUUUAUGCAUGAAAUGUUAUUUUCAGUGUCAAAAUGAUGUUCUUUCAUCAUCUUUUCAUUCACUUUUUUUUUUCCAAGAAAAAUUUGCUUGUUUCCUUUCUCUAUAUUUUUGUGGAGGAAUUAUUGUGAGAAUGGUGGGGCCCCUGAAAAGUUUAUAGAGUUGGACAUUUCUUUUAUGGUUU